AUAUAAGAGAGAGAGAAAAGAGAGCUAAGAUAUAGCAGAAUCAAACUUUAAGUAUUAUAUUAUAACUAGCUAUAUUACCUGCAUUUCUGCAACAGCUUGAGAAAAAGGAUGAUAAUGAAAUUCUAUAUACUAAUUGUGCUCUUAUGCUCUGCCCUGACUCAAAGCAAACCAUUGGCUAAACGCUCAAGCUGCUCUUCUGAUGUUGAUAGAUUAUAUAAUGCUCUUCAUGCUACAAUGUGUAUCACUCAUUCAAGGGACUUUCAAGAAAAUGUUAACGACUCCAUACAGGCGGCUCUUAAACUGAUCAAUAAUGAGAAAGAGCUUAAAUCAAUCAAGAGAAUACUGGAAGGAGCAUUAGACCAAGAUCAAGUUACUGAUGGUAUUGCAAGAGCUGAGCACAAGGUCUUUGCUUCUGCUGUUAAAGCUCGAAUGAGUCUUGAUGAUUAUGAAAAACCUGGAUCAUGCUUUACCCCCUGGAUCAAAUCACUCAUUAGUAAUAACAGAGACAAGAUACCAAAGAAUGUAAAAACUAAAUGUCAUUCAUUUAAUAUAAGAGUUUAAAUAUUUUUGUCAUUGUCCUUUGAUUAAAAACAUCGAUUAAACAUUCGUGACAA